CAUCGCAAGGUCGCCAAAUGUCAAGUCAUCGUUGAUUAUUUUUAACUUUUCUGGCUUGCAUUCCUGAUCCGUGAUUUCGGAAAAAACACCAAUUUUAAAAUUGUAAAUUUCUAGCAGAUCUAGGCGAAAAAUCCUGUGUUAUUCACGUUUUUGCAAUCUACAAACUUCUGUGCGUGGCGCCAACGUGUUCAAAUACCGUUCUACCUCAAUUCGGAGUGGAUAUCGCGAAAUAUUUUUUACUCAACGCAUCGCGCAAUAAUGGCAGGCUUCUCGCUGAAGCUGAAAACCAAAACGGGCCAGCAGCACAUCGUCAGCAAUCUGGAACAAAGCACGACGGUGCGCCAUCUGAAAGGUAAAAUCAUCGAGCUUACCAAUAUUCCGGCGGAGGUGCUGCACGUUAAGCUGGGCUUUCCCCCGUUCAAACCGUUGGACCUGAGCAAAGAAGACGAACUGCUGACGGCCAUCGGAAUCGCCAGCGGGGACACGCUUAUCGUGGACGAAAAGCAACUGAGUGAGGAAGAACGGCUCCAGCAGGCCGCCCAGAAGCGCAUGGAAGAGGAUGAGAAGCUGGCCAAGGAGUUGGCCGCCCAGAGUGAGGGGGGCAGUGGGAUCCUGCUGAAGCAGGUGGUGCCCAGCGACAAUUCGUGCCUGUUCACCAGCAUUGGAUUCGUUCUCACGGGAAAGGUGGAUCCGGAAAAGAGCCAAGAUAUGCGCCAAAUCAUUGCUUCCACGGUGAACGCAGAUAAGCAGGAGUACAACGAAGGGAUUCUGGGCAGACCGAAUGACGAAUAUUGCGCGUGGAUUUUGCAACCCGAGUCCUGGGGUGGCGCCAUUGAGGUUUCCAUUUUGUCCGCCUACCACGGGAUCGAGUUUGACGUUGUGGACAUUACCAAUGCGAUCAUCAAUCGGUUCGGCGAGGAUAAAAACUACGGCAUGAGAGCGUUUCUGCUGUUCGAUGGGAUUCACUAUGAUCCACUUUAUUUGGAAUCGACGACGGUGAGUAUGCGGGUGCGGGAUGAAUUGCGGAAGGAUGCGGCCCUAUCAUAAAGUAAUGUAUUUUUU